AUGAAGUUGCAAGAAUUUAUAUUCAAUCAAUUCAGAUUUGAAAUAGCUUAUUUUUUCAGUAUUUCAAAAAUUGAUGAUGUAAAUAUGGAGUAUAGUGUUCAGUUAACUUUUCGUGAAAGCUGGGUUGAUGGACGACUAGCAUAUGGCUAUCCGCGUGACAAUAAACCUGAUUUCUUAAUUCUGCCUUCAGGUCAACAAAUAUGGAUGCCAGAUUCUUUCUUUCAGAAUGAGAAACAAGCCCAGAGGCACAUGAUCGAUAAGCCGAACAUAUUGAUAAGAGUCCAUAAAGAUGGAACAGUAUUGUAUAGUGUUAGGAUAUCAUUAGUUUUAUCAUGCCCUAUGCAUUUGCAAUAUUAUCCGAUGGAUAUUCAAAAAUGUUUGAUUGAUUUAGCCUCAUAUGCUUAUACAACCGAUGAUAUAGAAUACGUGUGGAAAUCUACUGAUCCCGUGCAAUUGAAGGAUGGGCUUCAUUCAUCAUUGCCUAGCUUUCAAUUAAAUAAUGUAACUACAACAUAUUGCACUAGCCAGACGAAUACUGGGACUUAUUCAUGUUUGAGGACAAUUCUGGAAUUGAGGAGACAAUUCAGUUAUUAUUUGCUUCAAUUAUAUGUACCAAGUACCAUGCUUGUUAUUGUUUCUUGGGUAUCUUUUUGGCUUGAUAGAUCCGCUGUACCUGCCAGAGUUACUCUUGGAGUGACGACCCUUCUUACUAUGACAACACAGUCAUCGGGUAUAAACGCAAAAUUACCACCUGUUUCCUAUACAAAGGCUAUAGAUGUGUGGAUUGGAGCCUGUUUAACAUUUAUCUUUGGUGCAUUGCUAGAAUUCGCGUGGGUCACAUACAUUUCAGCUCGAGAUUUUCACAAGGGUACUUAA